AGCGUCGGGACCCUGGAGCGUUUGAUCCGGCGCCUGUGGGGCCUGCCCACCGGUCGUGGGUUCUACGCGGAGCACCCGAGCAGACCGAAUGCGAAGCGCGUUCCUGGAUACCUGGAGAACGUCAACGGGGCUACGACCCUCAUGCGGAAGGAUACGUGGGCGGACGUCGAGGCCGCGAAGGCGACCAAGUACGAAAUGAGCGCGCCGCUGUCAUCGAAAGCGGGACCGAGAGAGUACGAGAGACGAUUGGCGCACGAUUUCAACGUCCACUCCAGGGAAAACAUCAUCAACAGCACCUCCGGCGGGGGCGCCUACGAGGGAGUUGACGAUUGCCAGAUGUCCGUGAGCCUCGCGGAGGAUGUGUGGCACCUUCUGACCGUGGACAUGUCACUGCAGCGGUUGCUCGCGCUUGAGAUUGUCCUCGAGUUUAGCUUCAUGCUCAUCUCAUCCGUCUUGCUGUGCGUCAUCGCCGUGUGCGAAGGGAACACUCUGGACUCUGAGAUAAUGAAUCAGAAAUUACUGCUCUCCCUCACGACGGUUCGUAUAUCCAGUGACUCGAUUUACGGCUGGCAGGAGCGCGCGCCGUCGACGAAACCGGAGAUCGCGAUGCUCGCGUUGCUCGGGUGGGCGCACUGGCUGCUUCUAUCCGUCGCCGGGGCGGUCAUCGUCGCCAGGGCGUUGAAGCCCCUGCAGCAAGUCGUGUUCGCGCCCGACUGCGUGUACAACGACGAGUUUUUGUCGAUCCGAAUGAUGAUACUCAGGAAGCACGUCAUACUGUACGACCUGCAGGUGCGGAUACAGGCGUUCUCCGGCGGCGAGAUCAUGGACCUGCCUUUAUCCACGGGAACCACCGGAUACGCGCGGUGGACCGGCGUGUUCCCGCUCACGAUGAAGCACAACAUCGACGAAAACUCACCGAUCACCAAAAAAGGGAUGGACAAGAUCACGAACAUCGCCGUCACCGUGACCGCCAUAGACAGCGACGGCAAGCCGGUGUACGCGGUGGCGGAGUACUACAAUCCGCGCGGGUGGAUCGCGGGUCGGCCGGAGUUCCAGGGCUGGUUCGCGAAGAAGGCGUGCUACCCUAGAAUGCUGCGGGGGAGGUUUGGCGAUCAAUUUCGCUUCUUCAAGGUACCCAACGACAGCGGGAUGAGGCACCCGACGAUGCCGGAAACUACGCACGACGAUCAGGCGACAGUGAACGAGCCAGUGACGGGCCCCCCGGUGUUCUUGCUGGACUUUGACAACUUCCACGUGGUGCACAACGAGCCCGACGCCGACUCGCCGGUGUGAUGACGGAUGAACGGGUUGACACUUUCAGGUUGAUUAAUAUAGACCUUAGCAGGUGCGAAUAUUAAGCGCGAGCGUUGCGGCGUCG